AUGGUUACACUAGAUCAUCGAAAAACAGCUUUACUUAUCGGUAAUAGUGGUUACCAUCGAUUAGCCAAUGAACUUGAUCAAUCGAUCGAGAAUGUCAACAGACUGAGUGAUUUGCUUACAAAGAUUGGUUUUCACGUGACAAGAGAAUCUGAUGUGGAGAAAUAUGAUUUGAUUGAACUGAUUAUUAAUUUUGCACAGACGAUCAACAAUGGCGAUCUAGUUUUCUUGUAUUUCUCUGGACAUGCCUGUCAAGUCAAUGGUGCAAAUUAUCUCAUACCUGUCAAUGAUACUUGGAUUCAAACGGAGAGAGACGUUAUUGCCUUUGGAAUCAAUGUUGAUCGAAUGUUAAGACGCAUAGUGGAACGAAAUCCGUCAUAUGCAAAUAUAUUUAUCUUCGAUUGUUGUAGACCAUAUGCAGGAGGUUCCGUGAUAAAUAAUCAAGGUUUGGCGGAGAUUGGAAGAACAGAAGGAGCCUUUAUUCAGUUUUCUUGUGAUAAAAAUCAAGUAGCGUCGAAUAAUCUAUUUACUAAACAUUUACUGAAGAAUAUUACUGAAGAAAAUGUUCAAGUUGUGGAUAUUUUUCGGCGGAUAGUCCACGAUGUUUAUGAUGAAACUCAUCAAAAACAACGACCAUUAUCCAUCAAUGGACUAAAACAAGAUCCUCCGAUAUUUCUUAACUAUGUGACACCUCCAUCUGCUCCAGUGCCUAUCUGGGUUGAAAUCAAACCCGAAGAGAAAGAAUCGUUUUUGAAAGAGCAAUCAGAAUCGAAAGCUUCUUGCGAUAGUUUACCAAAUGUUGAAGAGAUAACCAAUCCAGAAAAUGAAGACGUGAAAAGGGCAGAAGAAUUUACCAAACAUAUUUUAUCUAAAGCUCCUUCCGGUGAUCUCAAUCAAAUGGAGACAGUGUGUCAUAUAGUUCAUCAAUUAUUUCAAAAUGAAAACCAAGAAUGUUUAUUCUUCGAUUCGAGACAAGGUGUUAAUCUUUAUAAUAGUUUCGGAAAUUUAACAGAUUUAAGUUUCGAUUAUACACCGUUUGUUUUGAAGUUGAAAGACAUUCGUGAAUUUGAAGACGUAGAAAGUCAACGAGACGACUUAACAAUUGUCAACACCUUGGAUAGAGCAGUUCGAAGCAAUGAACCACAUCCAGUUCUUGAACAAAUUGUCGAACGAUUAGCAACAGCACACAACACUGACAAGAAGAAUAUUGUUUUGAAGAACGUGUAUGUCGGAUCGAUCAAUAUCGUUUAUACCGUAGAAAAUUCAAAAGGAAUUACGAUGAAAGAAUUGAGUGAACUACCAAAAAGCGUUCAGUCGCAAUUUCAACAGCGUGUAUCAAUGAAAAUGCAUCCGUUAAUGAAACGACCUACGUUUGAUGUCGCCUGUUUUGACGAACGUGGUCAUAAAAAUUUCGAGGGAGAAAAGGGAAAAUAUCAGAUUGGUCCACCUGGUAGAACUAAAGAGUAUAUUCAACCAACCGGAUGGAAUAGAAAAGGAUGGAAAGUGCUGAGUAGAUAUACAAACGAUGAAUGGUUACAUCCAUUUGGAAGUCCAAAGAAUUGGUAUAGAGCAUACCAUGGAACCAAGAACGCAAAGGCUGAAGAUUUUUCAACUUCUGACUUUCGAGUCGAUCCGAAAACUGUAUGCCUUGAUGCUGCUUUUAGUAUUUUCAGGGAAGGAUUCAAAGUAGCAAGAACGGCUGCAUAUGGACCAGGUGUGUAUUGUUCGCCAAAUCCACUUUUUAUAGAUAACACAUACGCAGGUAUCACUCAAAUCAACACCGAACACGGAAAGAAAUCUUAUAAGGUUAUGCUACAUGUUGCUGUCAAUCCUGAGGGUGUUUGUUUUACGACUGAUGACAAUAUUUGGGUAGUGGAAAAGCCUGAAAAUAUUCGCACAUAUGGUUUACUUAUGAAAGAGAUCGUAACGUAA